UCAUGAUUUGCUCGACUGAUUCUAAUCAUGAUGACCGUAUAGGGGAGGGAGGUCACAACGGUGCUCAGUUGCGCCUUUAUUCCCGCCAUCACGCACAAAUCAACCCAGAUACCUAUGUACUCACGUACCAAUCGGUUCGAGGUCGCAUCGCACAUUGGUGCCAUUGCGAUGGCUUUUAGUUCAGCUGCAUCGGAUUAAUGGUGACGGAGAAGGAGGAGAUCCUUGACUUCAAUUCUAUGUUUAUGGUCGGUAGACGCGCCGGUUCGCCCGUCAUGUGGAUGAUCCGGGCCGACGGGCCGAGGAGACGACUUCCUAGUAUAAAAACCGACGCAAUCGAUGGAGAAGACCCAAUUUGUCCCUUUACUAUCACCAUAUUGAUAAGCGAUGUCUGUCCCCAUGGUUAAGCUCAACAGUGGCUACGAAAUUCCCAUUGUUGGACUUGGAACUUGGCAGUCUAAGCCGGAAGAGGUCGUCGCUGCUGUCUCUCAUGCCUUGAGUGUAGGGUAUAGACACAUUGACUGUGCAUGGGGCUACGGAAAUGAAAAGGAUGUAGGCGAAGGUAUCAAGACGUCUGGCGUCCCCAGAUCUGAAAUAUUCAUAACCAGCAAAUUAUGGGGAACAUAUCACUCUCGUGUCGAAGAGUGCCUUGAUCAGACCCUUGCCAAUCUCGGGACUGAUUAUCUUGAUCUAUACCUCAUGCAUUGGCCUGUUCCUCUGAAUCCGAAAGGAAACCACCCUGUCUUCCCUACACUUCCGGAUGGUAAACGGGAUGUCGAUCACUCUUGGGCUCUCAAGGAUACCUGGGCACAACUAGAAGAGAUGCUCAAGAAAGGUAAGGUUAGAAGCAUCGGAGUAUCCAACUGCUCCAAGAUGAAGCUCAAUGAGAUCCUCCCGUACGCAACGAUCCUCCCGGCUGUGAACCAGCUCGAAAUCCACCCGUACAAUCCCCAACACGAGCUACUUGAGUAUGGCCGGAGCAAAGGAAUCCUUCCCCAAGCAUAUUCACCUCUGGGAUCGACAAACUCUCCCAUCCUCAAAGAUGAAGUCGUCGUUGCGAUCGCCGAGAAGCACUCCAUCCAACCGUCCGACGUCCUCCUUGGCUGGCUUCUGGCCAAACAAAUCAUCGCCUUGCCCAAGUCGGUGACCCCAGCUCGUAUCACAUCAAACCUCACAGGUGCACUGGCCGGUUUGUCUAAACUCUCGAAAGAAGAUGUAGAAAAACUCGACGGGCUCGCAGCGGCAGGCAAACAGAAACGCUUGGUUACUCCACCCUGGCCUAUCGACUUGGGCUUCGAUCACUGGCCAAAACUGCUUUAG